AUGGCAUCAGACUGGGCUGCUAAAUUGAGUGGUGCAUCUGCAUCACCGGAGAGAAAGAAGGAAGCUGCUGAGUUUAAUUCUCGUGAAGUGUUGGACUAUCUACACACCAACUACACCACCUACCUCAACCACGCAAGGGAAGACAAAGAAGGCGAAAAGUAUAAAGUGUAUCGGUCGUUGGAGUCGCCUAACCAAUGGACAAGCAAGCCGAGUGGCAAGAAUGGUCCUAAAGAGGUUAUUAGAAACCGUCAUGGAAAUAAUGGUACUUUGGAUUUGUUAUUUGAGAUCAACCGGUCUGUGUACCAGCAGAGACAGAAAUAG